UUCCUCAUUUCUCUCUGUUUUCUUCUAUUUUUCUUUAUCACCGACUCUUAUAGCUGUUUGUAUUUGUUGCUGCUGCUGCUGCAUCACUUUCUGGUCCCUUAAAACUUCCUUUCCAAUUCCGUGAAAAAAAUCUUCUAAGCUAACUGUUUUUUUUCCCUACCCACAAACCUUCAUUACUACUUUCUGUGUUUUUGUAGUUGAGGAUUUGUUAUGGAAACUUCUCCUGGGGAGGAUUGUUGUGUUAAAGUAGCAGUUCAUAUAAGGCCACUUAUUGGAGAUGAGAAGCUUCAGGGUUGUAAAGAUUGUGUUUCUGUGGUCCAUGGGAAGCCACAGGUGCAAAUUGGUACACAUUCCUUUACUUUUGAUCAUGUUUACGGGAGCACAGCUUCUCCCUCAACUGCCAUGUAUCAAGAGUGUGUGGCUCCUCUUGUUGAUGGUUUGUUUCAAGGUUAUAAUGCCACUGUUCUUGCUUAUGGCCAGACAGGUUCAGGAAAAACAUACACCAUGGGAACUGGUUUCAAAGAUGGUUUUCAAACUGGACUAAUUCCCCAUGUUAUGAAUUCUUUGUUCAACAAGAUUGAGACCUCGAAGAAUCAGGCAGAGUUCCAGUUGCAUGUGUCUUUCAUUGAGAUACACAAAGAAGAAGUACAAGAUUUGCUGGAUUCUGUCUCUGUUAACAAAUCAGAGACAGCAAAUGGACACAAUGGAAAAGUAAAUAUUCCUGGGAAACCUCCAAUACAAAUUCGUGAAUCUUCAAAUGGUGUUAUUACAUUGGCAGGAUCCACCGAACGCAGUGUAAGAACACUCAAAGAAAUGGCGGACUGUCUGGAGCAAGGAUCACUUAGCAGAGCCACAGGCAGUACAAACAUGAAUAACCAAUCAAGUCGCUCUCAUGCCAUAUUCACCAUUACAAUGGAGCAAAUGCGCAAGUCCGGUUCUAAUGAUGGAAAUAGCAAUGAAUGCAUGACUGAAGAAUAUCUUUGUGCUAAGCUGCAUUUGGUUGAUCUUGCUGGUUCAGAGAGAGCUAAACGAACAGGAUCAGAUGGUCUCCGUUUUAAAGAAGGAGUUCACAUUAAUAGAGGCCUUCUUGCACUUGGAAAUGUUAUUAGUGCACUUGGAGAUGAGAAAAAGAGGAAAGAAGGCGUCCAUGUUCCAUAUAGAGACAGUAAACUCACUCGGCUAUUGCAGGAUUCCCUUGGCGGUAACAGUCGGACAGUCAUGAUAGCAUGCAUUAGUCCUGCUGAUAUAAAUGCUGAAGAAACUCUGAACACUCUUAAAUAUGCAAAUCGGGCUCGCAAUAUUCAGAACAAGCCAGUUAUCAAUCGAGAUCCUGUAUCUAGUGAGAUGCUGAAGAUGAGGCAACAACUAGAGUUUUUGCAGGCAGAACUCUGCGCCCGUGGUGGAGGUGCUUCCUCUGAUGAAAUUCAGGUACUCAAGGAUAGGAUUUCAUGGCUUGAAGCUAAUAAUGAGGAGCUAAGCCGAGAAUUGCAUGAGUACCGCAGAAGAGGCUCUGGCACUGAGCAGUGUGGGGCAGAAGUGAAGGCUACUGGUGUCUUUUCAGUAAAAAGCGAAGGUCUCAAAAGGGGUUUGCAAAGUAUAGAAUCAUCUGACUAUCCAAUGAGUGAAAAUGUCUCUGUACUGCCAGGUGAUUCAGGAGAUAUGGAUGACGAAUCAGCAAAAGAGUGGGAACAUACCCUCCUGCAAGAUUCAAUGGACAAAGAAUUGAACGAAUUAAAUAGGCGCUUAGAGCAGAAGGAGUCUGAAAUGAAACUUUAUGGAGGCUCUGAUAAUACCAUGGCUCUGAAGCAACAUUUUGGAAAGAAACUUUUGGAACUUGAAGAGGAGAAAAGAGCGGUGCAGCUAGAGAGAGAUAGAUUAUUAGCUGAGGUUGAAAACCUUGCCAAUAAUGAUGGACAAGCAAUAAAAUUGCAAGAUACACAUUCCCAGAAACUAAAGUCCCUUGAAGCACAGAUACAAGAUCUUAAGAAAAAACAAGAGAACCAGGUUCAGCUUUUAAAGCAAAAACAGAAGAGUGAUGACGCAGCAAAGCGCUUGCAAGAUGAGAUACAAUCAAUCAAGGCACAGAAGGUACAGUUGCAGCAUAAAAUUAAACAAGAGGCUGAACAAUUUCGUCAGUGGAAGGCAUCACGGGAGAAAGAGUUACUGCAGUUGAAGAAGGAAGGAAGAAGGAAUGAGUAUGAGAGACAUAAAUUGCUAGCUUUAAAUCAACGACAAAAGAUGGUUCUUCAAAGAAAGACAGAGGAGGCUGCAAUGGCAACCAAGAGACUAAAAGAAUUGCUAGAAGCGCGUAAAUCUUCAGGUCGCGAGAACUCAGUUACUAGCAAUGGCCAUGUAGCAAAUGGACAGAGCAAUGAGAAAUUGUUGCAACGUUGGCUUGAUCAUGAGCUUGAAGUGAUGGUGAAUGUUCAUGAAGUUCGUCAUGAGUAUGAGAAGCAAAGUCAAGUACGAGCUGCACUUGGUGAAGAGCUAGCAGUUUUGAAACAAGUUGAUGAAUUUGCUUCAAAAGGACUGAGUCCUCCAAGGGGUAAAAAUGGUUUCUCUAGGGCAUCUUCAAUGUCGCCAAAUGCUAGAAUGGCACGAAUUGCUUCUCUAGAAAAUAUGUUAGGCAUUUCAUCCAAUUCUCUAGUUGCAAUGGCUUCACAACUUUCAGAAGCAGAAGAACGAGAGCGUGCCUUUAGCAAUCGUGGGCGUUGGAACCAACUACGCUCGAUGGGGGAUGCAAAAAGUUUACUCCAAUAUAUGUUCAAUUCUCUUGCAGAUACAAGAUGCCAACUUUGGGAGAAGGAGCUUGAGAUCAAGGAAAUGAAAGAGCAGAUGAAAGAACUCAUUGGUCUAUUGCGGCAGAGUGAAAUUAGGAGAAAGGAAGUUGAGAAGGAGCUUAAGCAAGCUGUUUCAGUUGCAUUGUCUUCCCCAGCUUCGGGUAACUCUAACAAGCACUUUGUUGACGAAAUGAGCGGUCCACCAUCUCCAAUCCCUGUACCAGCACAAAAACAACUCAAAUAUUCAGCUGGCAUUGCUAAUGCGUCAGUCAGAGAGGCAGCAGCCUUUAUGGAUCAAACACGAAAGAUGGUACCGCUAGGCCAAUUGACAAUGAAGAAAUUAACAGUAGCAGGACAAGGUGGGAAGUUGUGGAGGUGGAAGAGAAGUCAUCAUCAGUGGCUAUUACAGUUCAAAUGGAAGUGGCAAAAACCUUGGAAACUCUCUGAGUGGAUUAGACACAGUGAUGAAACAAUCAUGAGGUCACGACCUCGUACCCAGGCUCUGCCAGAUAUUAUGUGCAGAAAUGGUCGCUAGCUUAUUCGCGGCAACUGUAUAUUCUAUUCUGAUCUCUUUCGAGCCCUUACACAUGGUACAGGAAGAAACUGGAAAUAAGUGCUGGUAUUAUAUAUGCAGAUUGCAGUUGAAGUGGUGGAGCCGUGAAGGGGAUUUUGGUUUUAGGUGUUCUUACAGGAGUGGGUUUUAGUUGGGAAUUGUUAGAUUUUUGAAUUUUUCAAACCGCAGCAUCUUGUGAAUAUGUUGAAGCUACAUAGGAUUGCCUGAGUAAUUGCAGAAGAAUACUUAGAAGGUGGAUGCUGAAGUCGCUAGUAGAUUGAUUAUAGGCACAAGGUCAAGAUUUGUGUAUACAUUUUGGCAAAUAACAAUCAACUUGAAGGAAUUCUUCCGUCUGGUCUCAUAAGCAAUGUCAAAAGAUCCUUUGCCUAGAAUUUUUUUUUUUUUGUGUCAUUCUUGAUAAUUGUGUAAUGUACAUUGUGUGUAAACACAACAUUGAUUUUGUUUAAAGUAAUGAUAAAUGCAGCAUUUUCUGU